AUGAACGCUUCAAAGGAGGCCCAAGACGUGAUCCACUCUUCGCCCCCGUCCGACCAAUCAGACAAUGAAGACCAUGGCAAGAAACCGGUGCCGAUGAGUAUGAAGAUACUCUCGGUCGUCAUCGUUAGUAUGAUUGGUUUUGGUGGACAUUGGAGUAGUGGUGUCACUGGUGCUUUAAAAAGUACCCUCAAAAAGGAACUUCACAUCUCGAAUACCCAAUAUGCCGUCCUUGACACGAGUGAGAACUUUAUCAAGACUGCUCUCAUUCUUGUUAGUGGUGUUCUCACAGACCGCUAUGGAGGUGCAAGCACCAUGCUUUGGGGAAACGCCAUCUUCAGUUUAGGAGCCAUCCUCGUCGCAGCAGCCACAACAGUCCGCUCCUACAAAUUCAUGAUCGGCGGCGCCGUGAUCCAAGCCCUCGGCGACGUAGCAACCCAAGUCGCCCAAUACAAAAUCUUCUCCUCAUGGUUUCCGCCCUCCUCAGGUUUCGCAUCAACACUCGCCUUCGAACUCGGCAUCGGCAAGAUCGGUUCAUUCGUCGGAAAAGCUACCGCCAACGUCAUCGCGCAGAACCUCGGCGAUUUCAGCUGGGCGUACUGGAUGGCUGUGUUUAUGAACCUGUUCACCAACGUUGCUACUCUGUUCUUCUGGUGGUUUACGCGUUGGUGUGAGAAGCGUUAUGCUGGGACUAAAGAUCCUGCUACGGGAGAAAAGUUGACGGAGAACAAUAAGAGGUUUGAGAUUGGAAAGAUGUUGAGCUUGCCGUGGUCGUUUUGGAUGGUUUGUCUGUUUUCACUGUUCCAGACUUCCACGGCUAGUGUCUUUGCUUCCAACAGCACAGAACUGGCGGAGCAGCGCUUCAAGAUCUCGGCUAUCAAGGCGGGAUGGUACGCGUCUAUGUCUCAAUACCUGGGUUUCUUCUUCGUGCCUUUGAUCGGCGUCUUUGUCGACAUGUUUGGUCAACGACUUACUCUCAUGCUCGUUUGUGGCUGCGGAAUGCUCUUGUCCAUGUGUCUAGUAGCAUGGGGACCCAGCGUUUCUGGUACCGCCGCCAGUUUCGGUAUUUUCGCAGUGGCUACAUCAUUCGGACCAACAGUCAUUAUUGACAGUAUCCGCACAAGCAUGUGGUACCAAGAAGUAUUCGGCUCAGGCUACGCGAUCAAGAUUGCCAUCAACAACAGCAUGACAAUCAUCGUCGGCGUCAUCUCAGGAGUGAUCCAGGACCGAAACGAGAAUAACUACGAUAACGUCACGAUUUUGUACGCGACGAUGGCCGCUGGGUCUGUUGUCGUGGGGUUGAUCAUUCUAGCGUUGGGUUUCGCUAGUGAUGUUAUGGGACAUUUACAGUGGAGUCGCAAGAAGAGGGUUGAAAAUGGUCAUGUCAUUGUUGCGAAGAAGGAAGAGGCUGAGAGUGAGGGGCGAGCUGAGUGGAGUAGGAAGUUGGGGAUGGUGAACUUUGGGGCUGUUGUUGUGCUUAUUCUUGGGGCUUGGGUUGCUUACUUUUGGGGAUUGGCUACCAAGAAUACUUACUAG